AUGAUCAUAGGCUCUUUGAAUAUCAAAGGAGGAGGAAGCAGUGCUAAGAGGAGGAGGAUUCACCAUUUGAUCGUGAAAGGUAACGCCGAUAUCUUUCUCAUUCAAGAAUCUAAAUUCGCCACUGUUUCGGAUAGUCUUGCUUAUAGUUGUUGGAGGAGAAAGAACAUUGGUUAUUCGUACUGGCCGUCGACAGGAGCAUCGGGAGGGUUGAUUUCUCUGUGGAAUUCUGAUUGUGUCCAGGUUUUGUGCAGUUUUGGAGGGGUGGGUUUUUUGGGGUUAAAAGUUGUUUGGAAGGAGGAGGUUUACUAUAUAGUUAAUGUUUAUUCUUCUUGUAUCAGUGGUGAGAAAAAGGAGUUAUGGAGGAAGUUGCUUGAUUUAAAAUCAAGAUUUUCAGAUGGUGAGUGGGUGAUCGGCGGAGACUUUAAUGCUGUCAAGAAUUCGAAUGAGAGGAAGGGGGUUUCGGGGAGAGUCAGUACUAGAGAAGCGAGGGAGUUUUCAGAUUUCAUUACUUUGAGCAAUCUUAUUGAUGUCCCUAGUAAAGGCAAAAAGUUUACUUGGUUUGGAGGGGAUGGAAGGGCGAGAAGUAGGAUCGAUAGGUUCCUUGUGGCGGACAAUAUUGUGAGCAAUUGGGGUGUUGUAGGCCAAAUGGUGGGAGAUCGGGACGUGUCGGACCAUUGCCCGAUUUAG